AUGCUGAAGGAGCUUCACCUCUCCGUGUCACUGGUCCUGGUGCUUGCCUGUGGCUUCCUCUACCGGCUCACCGUGAGGUCUCACUGCUUCUUUUCUUGCCUGCCUCUCUUCAAGUCCCCAAAGGGGCUAGAAGGCCUUCUGAGCAACGGACACAGCAUUGUGUUCAUAGAGACCUCUGAGAGAAUGGAGCCACCCCCACUGGUCUCCUGUGCUGUGGAGUCUGCUGCCAAAAUCUACCCUGAGAAGCCUAUCAUCUUCUUUAUGAAAGGGCUCAGUAAUGCCACUCAGGUGGCUCCAAACUCCAGCCACCCAGCCUUCUCCCUUCUCUCAGACAUUGAAAAUGUGUUCUUCGCCCCUUUGGAUAUGAAAAGACUAUUUGAAGACACACCCUUAUUUUCAUGGUACACCAAAGUCAACAGCAAUAAGGAGCAUUAUUGGCUCCAUGUCAGCUCCGAUGCAGCCCGCCUGGCCAUCAUCUGGAAAUACGGAGGCAUUUAUAUGGACACUGACGUCAUCUCCAUCAGGCCCAUCCCGGAAGAGAACUUUUUGGCUGCUCAGGCUUCCCGUCACUCCAGUAAUGGGGUAUUUGGGUUCCUCCCCCGCAACCCCUUCCUGUGGGCCUGCAUGGAAAACUUUGUUGAGCACUAUAACUCAGGCAUUUGGGGUAACCAAGGUCCCAAUUUGAUGACGAGGGUGUUAAGGGUGUGGUGCAAACUUGGAGACUUCCAAGAGCUGAGUGACUUGAAGUGUCAGAAUAUUUCCUUCCUGCAUCCCCAGAGAUUUUACCCCAUUCCCUACCGACAGUGGAGGCAUUACUACCAAGUGUGGGGCACAGAGCCAACCUUCAAUGACUCUUAUGCACUGCAUUUGUGGAACUACAUGAAUAGAGAGGGGAAGACUGUGGUUAGAGGAAGCAACACCCUGGUGGAAAAUCUCUAUCGUAAGCACUGUCCUAGGACUUACAGCGACCUGAUUCAAGGUGCAGAAGGCACCAGGUGGCUAGGUCCAGGUAACAGGUAG